CAUCCUCCUCAUCUUCCUUCUUCUUCCCUCUGCAGGAGGAUCUCCAACUCCUGGCUGAGCACCGGCUGGUUCACCAUGACCAUCGCCCUGGAGCUGUGUGACCGGAUCAACGUCUACGGCAUGGUGGCCCCGGACUUCUGCAGGGAGCCUCAGCAUCAGUCCGUCCCGUACCACUACUACGAGCCCCGGGGUCCAGACGAGUGUGCCAUGUACAUUUCUCACGAGCGUGGCCGUCGAGGCAGCCAUCAUCGCUUCAUCACCGAGAAGCGGGUCUUCGCCAGCUGGGCGCGGACGUUUGACAUCCACUUCUACCAGCCGGACUGGAGCCCGCCGCCGCUGCCGGCCAACCGGACGCUGGACGGGGCGUCGACGGCUCCUCAGAAGACGUGACUGGAAGAAACCGCUGCAGACGUCCAUCCCAGAAAGACCGAGCACGAGGGGAAUCUGCACCGGACCCUUUAAGAGCAAGGCAGGAAGUCUGUAACUGUAAACAGUUGAAGCUGCUGGACGUUGUUUGGACCGCUGAGGUCUCAUUUUUUUGGAAAAUCUUGAAAAGUUUUGUAGAACUCGAGGUUAAAUUAAAUUAUUGCUGCUCAGAUGUCGUAUUCAUCUGCAGCUAAGACUAGAAGUUGAGCUGGAUGAGGUUCUUGGAUCGUCCAACAGAGGCUCAAACCCCUUCAAAUCAUUUCCCUGACUUCCACCUGAGAGCAUCGUGAUCUCACGAGUUCAACGGGAGGUUUCAUCUCAUGCUUGCUUCACUCCUGCUCCAAAGUAUCAUAAGGCUUUGUUGGCGCCUGUCGCCUGUUAAUUGUGCGAUUUACACAGCUACCAGCCGGGUUUCCAUGUAAAUGCACAUCCAUGUCAGACGAGACAAGUGCAGAUUUGUUUGUUCAGCUGAUGGCUCUCCGUUGUGUUUGACUUGAUGGCGAACACGCUCCAUGUGGACCGCCCUCCUCUUUCUUCGUGAAUCAGAAUCAGGUGUCGGUCCGAAGACGUUACCUUAAUGAAACGUCGGCUGGUCUCUCGUCUCUGUAGUCAUGAGAGGACGGAUGCUGCGGGUCACGCACAUAUAUGUUCGCAUCAUGAAGGCAUGUUUCACGUUCCACCUCCCUCUCAUCCAUCACAACCGUCUGUGGCGGCGCUGCGGUUUGACUUCUGCUGGUUUUGUUUCGCAGCAAACACUGAGAUGUGUUAUUCUGCUCCGGAAAGACGUCCAUUUAUCUGUGAAUGGCUGCUGGCAAACACGAGUAAUGUGCUGAGUACUUGAAUAUUCCUGGUUUUUGCCCAGAUAAGUGCAGAUUCUGACUGUAACUCUGCCUGUUUGUGCUCCACUGGAUGAUCUCUUUGCUCAGUAAAACGUCCAUUCUGAGUACGGAGAGGCCAAAGGGACGAAGAUAUUCAGUCAUCAGCGAUGGAAGACAAAAAGCAUCAGAUGUUGACAUUUGUUGAGCUGAAAGCAGCGGUGCAGGUUUCAUAAACAACUUACAGUCCAGCGUUGUGAGUGUUCAAUGAAAGGACUGAUGUCUGUCAUGGACGGUGAUGGACGACGUGUUUCCCUCUGUCACUGCAUCUGCUGGACUGCUCCUCGGUUCCAGGAGGUUUUUGGUCGCUUCUAACAAAUGUUUGAGGAGUUAUUAUACAGACGAAACGGACAAGACAGAAUGAGUUAACCCUCCUGUUGUCCUCAUGUACGGGCACCAAAAAAUAUUGUUUCCUUGUCUGAAAAAAAAUCUAAAAAUUCAGCAAAAAAAUUCCCCAAAUUUCUGAAAAUUAGCAAAACCUUCAGGAAGAAAAUUCCAAGAAUUCCUUAAAAGUUUCCCUUUAAAGCUUUAUUUUAAAAAUUCCCAAAUUUGGCAAGAAAAUUCUUGUAUAUAGUUUCAAAAAUGAGGAAAAAUAUUCCAAAAAAUAUAUAUAUAUAUAAAGUGAUUAGAUAUAUAUCAGUAAAACUUCUAAUAUUUUCUUUAAGAACAUUCACAUAAAAAUCAACCAAAAUCCAGCGAAAUUCGCUAGAUUUUGGUUGAUUUUUAUGUGAAUGUUCUUAAGAAACAUUUUUAACAUUUCUUUUUUCCACCAAAAAAUGUUUAAAGAUUUCCUAAAAAUGUUGAAAAUGUGGACAUCAGAAGUUUCACUGUGAAAAUGUUUUCUUUUCAGGACGACACGAGGGUUAAAUUCCCGUAAUUAACCAUCAGACAGCGGUAGGAUCCAUGAGUGUCUCCAAAGAAAGACCGCUUUGAGUUUCACUGUUAAAGAAAACAGAAAUAAACUCUGGUGCUGGUUGUUGUGACUCCUCGAUAAGCUGCUGUUAGUGACUGCGGUACGAUGCAUUAAACAUCACUCGGCGUGUGGUCGAAUCUCGCAUGAAUGACGGACGUUGCAUGAGGAGCAUUAAUGAAGAAGAACCUCUGUGUGAAUGACAGAAAGCACGACUUUAACGGGCCGAUGGAGCAGCAGCGGUGCACAUCCAUGUCUGGAAAAAGGGGCUUAAAGGGCAGCAGUCUUUCUCCAGAGCUUUACAAUCCACUCUUCAUUAGCCUGAGAGGGAUUUUAAGACUCCUGGUUUCCUGUUUGCACUCAGCUCAUCCACACAUUUACUGCACAAACAUGUCAACCUUCUCAUCUCCAUCUCUGCAAAAGUCAAUCUAUAACUGAGGGACUUUUGAAGUAAAUGGGAUAUAUCUGCAUACAUUUUUAUUAUAAGUACAAAAAAUAAUGUUUUUAUGUUCAUUAUGAUCACGUCUUUACAAAUUCUAUCAUUAUUUAUUAUGGAAACAAUCACUUAUUAAUAAAAAAUGACUGGAUGUCACUAGAAUGUCAAGUAAAUGCCCAUCUGAAUUUAAUUCCAAUCACCUUCUAAUUAGCUAAACAAUAAUAAAAUGAGUUUAUUCAGAAAUAGUUUGGAUUGUUUUCUUUUUAUUAGGUUGAGACAAUCAUGACAGAUAUUUAUUUUUUGGCAAUAUGUCACAUUUUAUAUGGAAAACAACAAAUUAAAUCACUUUCCACUAAAUUCCUCUUUACAAAAACACCUCUCCAGGAAGUGUUGAUUCCAGAUCACAUGACCUGCUCCAUAUGAUGUCAUUUCCUCCUGAAGAAAAGACUGGAAGACUCCAAGGCUUUCUGAGUUAUUUAGUAUAAAGUAGUCAACAGGUUUAAUAACUUUCAAUUUCAGUUUUACUCAGUUGUAUAUGUAAUAUUUAGAAGAAUCUUUCUGAAGAAAUACCAUGUGGUGUUUGGUUACAGGCGGCCAUGUUGAUUUUAGGCCUGAAAACAGCAAAAAUGUCAUCUAUGGUACAAAAAGUCUCACAAUUAUAUAUUAACCCAUCCAGAAUGACAUGAAAAUGAUCCAGAAUUACAGAAAAUUAGUCCAGAAUGACUUGAAAUUUGUCCUAAAUUAUUCCAAAGACACAAAAAUGAUCCAAAAUGAUGAGAAAAGAUCCAAGCUGACACAAAAGUUGUUGAAAAUGACAAGAAAAUUGUCCAAAAUUACAGAAAAUUAGUCCAGAAUGACAUGAAAUUUGCUGGAAGUGAAAUGAUUUUAGGCCUGAAAACGGCAAAAAUGUCAACUAUGAUACAAAAAGUCCCACAAUUAUAUAUUGACCCACAAGAUAACAAACAUCUCACAGAAUCCCAUUGAGCAGUUAGUCAGUAAUUGUUGCUUGUUAACUUUCUGUUUACUGACUUUCAUCAUCAACAUUUCAAUUAAUAAAUGACUUUCCAUCA